CCUACCGGGUCUUAAAUUGACCUUAGGUAUAAAUAUAUUAAUUUUCUAUGAUUGUAUGCCAUUAGAAUUGAUAGUAUGACAAACAAACGUAGCAUUUACUUUAUAACAAGUCACCUCAUAUCUUUAAUUAUACAAAAAUAACACAUAACUUGCCGAAUGAUCCUGGUAGUCGUGGUCGUAGAAGGAAAGAAGAAGGGCCUUUUACUAACCAAUAUCUUGGAAAGAACGCAACUGUUUUAUAUUUAAGUAAAAAUAUAGGUUACGCCUAUAUAUCGUUUAUUGAAAAAAAACCUAAUCAUUAAUUUGAUUAAAAUGGGUCGAAAAAUUCCUGGAAAAAAACAUAGAGGGGUAAAGGACCCCGAAAAACAAAAAGCGGAGCGUCUUACACGGAUUAAAGACAAAAUAAAUGCACCUCCUUCUAAACCUGAUGAUCAGGAAGUAUCCAAGAGCUUAUCUAGGAUAAUUGAAUUGAAAAACAAAGUAAAAAAAGGAUUAUUUAACAAAGUGAACAAAGCCCAUAGAGAUAAAAAGGUAACACCGAAAAAAUUUAGAGGUAGACCAGAGAAACCUAUACCAGAGUUUAUCCAAAAUCCUGGAGAAAGUGAUAGAGCAUUUAAAAAUAGGGUUAAUCAAGUGUGCCAGGAAAUUAUUCGUGAAGCAGCAUUUGAAGAUAAAUAUAAGAUUGAUGUUAAAAGAAAUCAACAUGGAGAGGUUGAGGGAAUUGCGAAACGCCCAAAAGACGAAUUGGAAGAAUUAGUAAAAAACGCAAGAAAGGGCAAAACAGGAAAGAAAAACCAAAAAAGAACAAAUCAAGACAAAGGACAAAAACUAUCAAAAUCACAAAAGUGGGCCAUGAAGAAAACUGAAAAAAAGAAAAAGAAAAAACUUGAUUUACAUGAAAAUAGUGGGCCUCAAAAGGAGAUAAUUAAAUUUGGUGAGGUUGCGCACGCACCUCCUAAUUUGAUUGUUCCCAAAAAAGCUAAAAAUCCAGAAUAUUUACCAAGACCAGGCGGCAAGAGUUUGCUGCUAAAAUCUAUGCUUGGCAAGCUGGAGAAAACUCAUCACAAUAAUAAUAAAAAUGAAAGUUCAUAUAUAAAAUCAGUAACAAUUGAUAAGAAGGGUAAAAGGAGAGACUUACCUGUAUCAUUGCGAAGACAAUUAGACCAACAGCAAAAUGAUAUUAUAAAAGCUUAUAAAAUGAUAAAGUCAAAAAAUCGCAACUGAUAUUUGUUAUAUAUAAAUAAUAUAUAAAUUUUAUUUUGAGUCACAGAUAUUUAAUUAGAGAUGCUAAAUCUUUAAUAAAAUAUCUUUAAAUUUUAGAUCUGUUUUAAUUGUUUGAACUACAAUACAGAAACAAACAAAAAUGUUUUUCUAGUUAAAUUAGCAAGUAAAAAUUUUAAGGAAAAGUAAUAAAUGGAGUACUAGGCUAAACUAAACUUGACUAAACAAACAACACACAAACAAACUAAAGAAUAUUAAAUUAAAUUAAAGAAAUUGCAAAUUUUGUAGUUCAGUGAAAACAAAAUAAAUGAUGAAGAAAUGUUCUUAAUUUCUAAAAAAAAUGCAAUUAUUUGUUAUGGGUUCUUCUGUUCCUGUUUACCAUUUUAACAUACCUACCGUAUGAACUUACCGCUUACCACUUACCUAUGAGUAUAACAAAUUAUCGGGAUCCAAACGGAUCUCGACUAGGCGGUCGUUCCAAUUCUAUGUCGGAGCUAAAUGUUUAUCAAAAACGGGCGAAUGAUCCUAGCAACUUGCCUAAAGAGGAUUUGAAGCGUAAAAUUGAAUUGAAUUGAUGAUCCUAAUCUUCUUAGUUCUUAGAGGCCGAUUAAUUUGUCAUCUACAUUCGGUAAAGUGUUGGAGUCGAUAUUAAAGUGCAGAGUAGAGUGGUUUUUUGAGCAUCACAGAUUGUUAUCAGAAUCCCAAACCGGUUUUAGGCGUGGUAAGUCCGUUAUGGAUCAUGUUUCCAUCUUAACAAGUCAUAUUUUGUGUGCUCAGAGCAAAAGUGUUCCUACUGUUAUGGUUGCAUUGGAUAUUGUGGGUGCUUAUGAUAAUGUCAACAUUCCCAUGCUAAUAAAAGAGAUGGAUAAGCAGGGUAUAUCUAGGGAUAUUAUAGGGUUAAUCAAUCGACUUCUCCUCAAUAGGAACUUAUUUGUUAAGGAUGCUGUUGGGCAACUUUUGGUCGGACCUAGAUCAACCAGUAAGGGGGUCCCUCAGGGAUCUCCCUUAGCGCCUCUUUUAUUUAAUAUAUACGUAAAUUCAAUUAAACUAGUAAUUCCUCCUAGGGUUUCUAUUAUCCAGUAUGCGGAUGAUAUUGUCCUUUUUUGUAGCGAUGUUAAUAUCCUUUUUGCUAUAGGCUUGCUGAAUAAAGCCUUGGCGGCAGUGGCUGAUUGGAUGCAUAGGUUUAACUUGCAGCUUAGUCCCCAAAAGUCGUCUGCUAUUCUAUUCUCUAGAUCUGCUCUGGUUGGACUUCCUGACUUGGUAAUUAAUAGUGUAA